AUGACAGUUGUUCAAGAUCAGCUGCUAUUUACCAGACUUGUUUCCCAAAUCCAAGAUGCAACUGACGAGAAGGAGCUACAUUGGUUUGAGAAAAAAGUCGUGAUACCCGAAUUCCCCCAGAUAAUUGAAACCUUGACUGUUUGUUCAAAUUUGUUAUUAUACAAUUCUCCACAACAUCCAGAUCCUCAAAAUAGGAUUGAAAGAGGACCUCCCAUUAAACUUGCUGUAUCUUCAAGUAAGCUGGAGCGACUAAAAGGCAUUGUUGUUAGAGAUGGCGCAUACAUCACUGAAUUCCACGUUACUAUAAAAGACCACUACUUUAACAAAUAUUUCAAUAAAUUGAACUUGGUUAAACCGGUGCUAUUAAACCAGAUAAUCAAUACCAAAGUGGCCAUAGAUGACUCGAUAAGCUUGAUGGAAUCUCUACCUAAUCUAGACAAGCAGCAGCAGCAGCAGCAGCAGCAGCAGCAUCAGCAUCAAAAAGUUUUUGAAGAGGACCAUGAAACUUAUCACAAGAAUUUAAUCGACUCCUUUCAAAGCUUAUUAUCCAAUAUCCAAACAGCAAAGACUAAUCUACAAUUACCAACGGAUCCUCAGCUUGUUUUUCCACUUAAAGUCACAUUGCCGGAUUUUUUCCACCCGGAAUUACCGCCAACGAUAACAAUUGACUAUUACAUUAGUCAAGCCGAAAUUUGUAUUGACUUGAAGAGUUUGCAUAGAAUUACUGAGAAACCGUGGUGUGAAGUUGAUUCUAAAACAGGCAAAUCGUAUGUUGAUAAUGUACGUGACGAUAUGAAGUUACCGAGUGCUAAUAGUCUGGUAUCCUCGCUCACUCAAGCAUCAUUGGAGAAAUCGCCAGCUUUACCAAGAGUAGAAAAUAACAACUUUUUGAGUAGCAUGAUGAGCCACAUACAACUCAAACCAAAACAUGAUUCGAUGGAUUACAUUACAAGAUGCAUAACCUAUAAUAACAUGGUGGUUAUGAUUAAUACAAAACUCGAAGUAUCAUCAGAGGAUCCGGUUUUGGUUAGCUGUUUUACGAAAUUGGACACUAUCGAAUGUAUUAUAAGGAAUUUUUUGAAAAGUUUGAAGAAUUUGUUACACUAG